UAUAGUUAGCCCACCGAGGUCUGGGGGUAUAAAAGCUGGACGGAUCAGCUCAGCUCAUGUCAGUCAGUCUCUGCCUGCCGGCUUCUCUCAGCUUUUGUCUCUCACAGCAACUCCAGAACCACAGAGAAAUGGCACCCAAGAAGGCAAAGAGGAGGCAGGCAGCCGAGGGCGGUUCCUCUAACGUGUUCUCAAUGUUCGAGCAGAGCCAGAUUCAGGAGUACAAAGAGGCCUUCACUGUCAUCGACCAGAACAGAGACGGCAUCAUCAGCAAGGAUGAUCUCAGAGACACUCUGGCAGCUAUGGGCAGUAUGAAUGUGAAGAAUGAGGAGUUGGAGGCGAUGGUAAAGGAAGCCAGCGGCCCCAUCAACUUCACCGUCUUCCUCACCAUGUUCGGAGAGAAGCUCAAGGGCGCUGACCCAGAGGACGCUAUCAUGGCUGCAUUCAAGGUUUUGGACCCAGAAGCUACCGGAACCAUCAAGAAGGAUUUCCUUCAAGAGAUGCUGACAACACAGUGCGAUAGAUUCACUCCUGAAGAGAUUAAGAAUUUCUUCACCGCUUUCCCUCCCGAUGUCGCCGGCAACGUCGAUUACAAGAACGUCUGCUACGUCAUCACACACGGAGAGGAGAAGGAGGAAUAAAUCUGCGCGUCAUAUCCGCUACUUUAAAAAAAAAAACCAAAAAAAAAAAACCAAACAGCAACAACGUCCCUUUUAUUUAACUGGGUGUAGGGAACCCCCAAAACCAAAAGUCCGCUGUCUCUCUGUAAUCUCUCCGUACCCCCCCCCCCCCCUUCACCCCCUCUUUCCUCUCCUUCUUUCUCGUUCUCCCUCCCGCCAAUACUCAAAAAAAGCGGCAAAUGUCUUAAAACCAGCCUCCUCGUUUAAAAUCUUACUUCGUCUUAAUAGGAAUGGCGGGAGUUUACUGAUUUCCUCUCCUCCUCUCUCCGUUUGCAAAAGACUGUUUUAAAAUAAAAUAGUCUGUGAAAGUCGAGGGGAAGAGAGAGUGAGGGGGGGGUAACGGAAGAGGAGAAAGACGGGAUGAAUGGACGAUGAAAGGAAAUCGAGCCUCCUGAAAGCGGUGGCAGGUUUUCGGAGCGAGCCAGGGGAGGGAGGAGUGAGGAACAACGUAAAGAAAUCCAGGAGGGGACGGAAGAACUGACGUCUUAAAACAUGUUUCUGUUUUUUUUUCUCUCUCGGAGAGAGUCACUCUAACUUGACCAUCCUGCUUGUAAAAAAUAAAUGUGCAAAUUACAAAUAAAAUUCUUAAUUUUC